UGUUUCCCACGUUCUACGGAGAUUAGUGCUUUUCCAUGUCGGAAAGGAAGAAGAAAGAAAAGGAAAGUGAAUUUAAACCAUUGGUGAAGCAAUCGCGAAAACCUUAUUGCAUAGAAGGAUGGCUUCUUUAUAUCGCCGGAACUACUAUGCUGUGGAAAGAACUGCAAGAAUCCUUCGGUUACUCAUUUCUCCGGACAAGGAAUUUGUCUCAAGACUGCUUAGAACACUUCUUCUCCUUAGUACGAUGGAAACACGUAAACAACAACCAUCCAGAUGCAUUACAGUUCAUGUCAGCUUACAAAUCGAUUGUAAUCAACCAAUUGAUUUUACCAAAAAAUAUUGGGAACGUCGAAGCUGACUUGAGCAAAUUCAUCGUGAAUAGCGAAGAAAUCCAACAAAUAGGCUUCGUACAAAAACAACACAUACGAGGAAAAUAUGAACCGGAGAAGGAUGUCGAACCAAUGAAUAUAUAUGAUCCCAACCAGCUUUCUAGCAUUCAUUGGACUACAGGAUGGGCAUGUAGUACGGUUAAACACCAGGAAUGCCUGAUUCGCAUGACUGCAAACCCAGAAGAAAUUUCGGACGAAGUAACCAUUCUGUCUGACCUUAAACGGUACAAUUCAACAAGCCGGAUCAUGACGCCUGGGGAAAAAAUAUUUAAAUUUUUCCAGGGUGUAUGUAGAGUAUUUGACAAUCACUUCGAAUCCCUUCUAAAACUUGGUCCUGUGGGAGUUAAAGCUGAGCUGGUGGACAUCAUAGAAGAUCGAUUUGGAUUCCCCACAAUAGAGCGAGCAGAGUCAAAUAAUAUAUACGAUGAAGACGAUUUCAUACUUGAUGAAAGCGAAAAAAGAGUAAUGGAAGUAAUGUGUGUUAGUUGUGCGUUAAAAAUUAUUAAUAAAUAUUUAAACAUGUUGAUAGGAUGUAGGUUAGCUAACAUGAAUUGUUCGUUUAAAAUAAAAAAUGAUAACAAAAAAACAAAGAAUAAAGCUAAGAAGCUCAACAUAGCUAGAACAUCACAAUUGAUGAGUAGAUACUAA